AUGGAUGGAGUAGUAUAUGACUUGUGUAUUGUUGGAGCUGGUCUUAUCGGUUCUGCUGCAGCUAGACAUGCAACUAUUAUAUCACCAGCUGCUAAAAUUUGCUUAAUUGGACCCAAAGAACCUGUGAAUCUCGCAGAAAACCCUGAACGCACCAUCUGUUCUUCUCAUUAUGACGAAGGACGUUUAGUAAAAACGAUGAGGUCAGAUUCAGUGUGGGCUGUGUUAGAUAACAGAUCAAUAUCACGAUAUGAGGGAAUUCAACAACAAACUGGAACACGCUUUUUCACAGAUGUUGGCUUUAUGAUGAUUAGUCUGAAGGAGGGACAUAAAUACACUUCAGUUAUGAAAGACAUUGCAGUGAGAUUUGGAAAGAAAUUUGACAUUCUUGAUAAAACUGAACUCACUGAGCGGUAUGAUUAUCUGUCGAUGCGCCCAAACGACGAGGCCAUACUUGAGUUAAAACAUGCUGGAUACGUCAGUGGAAGGAAACAGGUAUUAGCACAGCAAACUGCUGCUCGACAGCAAGGAUGUGUCAUCAUUGACGACAUCAUUAAUCAUGUGAUCGAAUGUAACCAAUCAACUGUCAGCAAUGUGAUGAAGUUAACUACAGAUAAAGGCCACACCAUCCGUGCUAGGAAAGUGCUGUUAACUACAGGAGCUUUCACGUCAUUCAGACAUCUGUUACCACCUGGCAAGGAGUUAGACGUUACACUAUAUUCUAAGACUCAGGCCUUUGCAGAGCUUACACCAGAAGAUGCCAAGAGAUUGACAGACAUGCCAACUAUAGCGCGGAAAUAUACAAAAGAAGGAAAACAUGAUCUUUACAUGUUGCCGCCAAUUAAAUACCCCAACGGUAAAUAUUAUCUAAAGAUUGGACAUGGUGCUAAAUUCAACACUGUACUCAACACAGAGAAAGAAGUAGCAGACUGGUUCCGCACUGAGGGACACGCGUCAGCACAUAAACCUCUCUUAGAUAUGAUGUUUGAUAUCGUCAAAGGAGUGAAGCCAGUGUCAACACAUGGUGGUUCUUGCGUUAUAACAACUACACCGACUGGCCAUGUGUACUGUGAUAUGGUGACACCUACACUGGGAGUGGCAGUUGGUGGUAAUGGAGGCGGUGCUAGUGCAGCUGAUGAGAUUGGAAAUAUGGCAGCCCGGAUGAUGAUUGCUGGGAAAUGGGAUCACGAUUUGUCUCCUGAUAGUUUUAGAGUAAAAUUCAAAAAUAAAGCCAGUUCAUUGCAGUGA